AUGUCUGAAGAUGUUGUUAUUUUUCACAAAGAUGACUUGCCCGUGUGUGCAUUUCCUGUGUUUGAAGACAUUAGACGACAGGGGAAGCUAUGCGAUGUCACACUCAAGGUGGAGGAUAGGAAGUUCACAGCUCACCGCAUAGUGUUAGCAGCAACUAUUCCAUACUUCCACGCUAUGUUUACGCAUGACAUGGUGGAGUCAAAACAGGAUGAAAUUUCCAUGCAGGGUAUAGACCCCAAUGCGUUGGAAUCGCUGGUGAACUAUGCGUACAAUGGUAAAGUAGAGAUAGACUCUCACAACGUCCAGUCUCUCCUGGUGGCUGCCAGCUUCCUACAUCUACAGGCAGUGAAGGAGGGCUGCUGUAACUUCCUACAGAGAAGAUUACAUCCUGAGAAUGUGUUAGGGAUCCGGUCAUUUGCUGACCAGUACAUGUGUCCAGCUCUAGUGGCCGAGGCUGACAAACAUAUUCAGAAACACUUUAAGGAGGUAGCCCACACUGAGGAAUUUCUGAACCUCGGCAAGACAGAGGUCAUUGACAUCAUCAGCAGGGACGAACUCCAUGUGCAGUCAGAGGAGGAGGUGUUUGAGUCGGUGAUAUCCUGGGUGAAGAAGGAAGAUGACAUUGACCGUAAGCUGAUUCUACCUGAGCUGAUGAUUAACGUGAGACUGCCUCUCCUCACUCCACAGUACCUGUCUGAUCGAGUGGCUUCUGAGGAUCUCAUCAAAAACUGCCUUCUGUGCAGGGAUCUUGUUGAUGAAGCCAAAGACUACCACCUGAUGCCAGAGCGUCGCUAUCUCCUUCAAACAUUCAAGGCUCGGCCUCGCUGCUGUUCAGACAUUCCAGGAAUUAUAUAUGCUGUUGGCGGCCUCACCUCUUCUGGUGACUCGCUCAGUACGGUUGAAAACUAUGACCCCAUAGUCAACAGGUGGUCUGUAGCUGAGGCCAUGAGUACCAUAAGAAGCAGAGUGGGUGUCGCUAUCCUCAAUGGCUGUCUGUAUGCCAUAGGAGGGUAUGAUGGGUCUGAGCGCCUAAGCACGGUAGAGGUUUUUCACAGAGACAGCAAGACCUGGAAGUGUGUAGCCAGCAUGAACUGUAAGAGAAGUGCUCUGGGAUCAGUGGCACUGAAUGGUCACCUGUAUGUAUGUGGUGGCUAUGAUGGCCUGUCCUCGCUGCGGUCGGUGGAGAAGUACGAUACUGAACGGGACCAAUGGAACCCCUUGUGUAACAUGCUGAAGCCCCGGAGUGCGUCAGGUGUGGCCUGUUUGGACGGUCUUAUCUAUGCUUGUGGAGGGCAUGAUGGACUCUCCAUUUUUGAUUCUGUGGAAUGUUACAAUGCAUCAACCAACCACUGGGCUUAUGUGACUCCAAUGCUGACCAAGAGGUGUCGUCUCGGCGUUGCUGUUUUAAAUGGGAAACUAUAUGCUGCAGGAGGAUACGAUGGGUCGGUGUUUCUCAAUACAGUUGAGUGUUAUGACCCACUGACAGACAAAUGGACAGAGAUCAAAUCCAUGCAAGUAAGGCGUAGCCGUGUUGCCUUGGUAACAGUCUAUGGAAAGUUGUAUGCCAUAGGUGGCUACGACGGGAUCAGUAACUUGACAUCAGUUGAAAUGUAUAGCCCUGAUACUGACACUUGGAUAUUUGUGGCUCCAAUGAUGGCCCAUGAAGGUGGCGUUGGGGUAGGCGUCAUACCCAUAGAACGGGGUAGUGGAGUCUGAUGUACAACAUGAUGGAGAACCUGGAUGUUUGUGGCUGAUAAAUGGGUUUAUUGGGGUUAGGGGUCACACUCGUUUUUGGGUGUAUUGGGGUUAGGGGUCACACUCGUAAAACAAGAUAGCAUCAAGUGGAGUCUGAUGAACUGUAAUAUAUACGAGUAUCUCUGAGAUUCUGGAUGUUUGUGAAUGGGUGUAUUGAGGGAAGGGGUCACACUCCUAAAAUGAGGUAGUGGAGUCUGAUGGACCAUAACUUAUCUGAGUAUCUCAGAGAUCUUGAUUGUUUGUGUCUGCUUAAUGGUUGUAUUGAGGGCAUGGAUCUUACUCUAAAACCAGGUAGUCUGAUGGACUAUCAUAAAGUAGGAAUAUCUUCAACAUACUAGAUGUUUGUAGCUGCUACAGGUGUAUUUGUGCCUGGUAUUUUUGACUAGUGAGGUAGGAUAUGACCCUAACUUUUGGAGGCACUUAAUAUGUUUCUACUCUGAGUCUCAAGACAUAUCUGUAUGUUUUAUGUGACAAUUUUUAAGUCGGUUAGUUCCAAAAAUUAUGUAAAACAACAUCUUCACAUGUUAUCUGAUAUGUAUCUGGUUAUGUUGGCUUAAAAUAGUAUUUUAGAUGCAUGGAUUAUAGUUGAAGAAUAAAACAUAACAAUGUACAUUUGAUGAUAAAAGGCAGCAUGGUUGCAAAGCACUUCAGAUGAAAUUACCUAAAACUAUUUACAGAAUGUACGUAAUAGAUCAUGUCAGGUGAACAAGUAUAAAAUCUACCUGCAUUAAAUAUACUGUAUGACAACCAGGAAGUAAUGUGAUAAAUAUUUUUCUAUUAGUUCUUCACAACACUGGUGUUAAACAAUGGACCCUUUUUAACUACUUAUGAAAUUAUUAGAUAAAGUGUCCAUGCAUGUUUUUAACCAUUGCAUUUUGGGUCCUGAGGCCAGGUCAGUUACCUAGUUUAUCAAUAAUAUUUUGGGAUUUUAAAAAUGUGCAAUUAGUAUGAUGGUAUGUGUCUGUCACAAAUACACUCAUUAUUGUAGCAUGCGUUGUGUAUAGGAUACAUAUGGCGUGAUUGUAUUGAUGUACAAAUUCAUGCCAUGCUUUGGUUGUGUAUAGCAGAAAAGGAUCUGUAGACCAUCACACAGUUUCUAGAUCCCAUCAAGAUUCCGAGAGUGAAAGGGGAAAGGUUUUAAUUAAUUAUAGUUAUUAGGAGCAGAUGUAUUUGAGUCAUAAACAGGCAAUUCAUUUGUACAGUAAAACAAUAACAAACUCUAGGGACCACGUCUCAUCUUUAAAAGAAAUUGUUGAUAGCAUAUUUUGUUUGCUUAUCCAUGCAUCUAUAAUGAAAGGUUUGUUCCAAGACAAUUAUUUUGAAGUAUUAACCAAUUUAAUCAUAUGUAGGUUUAAGUGAGUAAUAUCAGAAUUGGAAAAACAUGAUCAAAUUUCUUCAGUUUUGAUGGAAAAUUCACGAACACAUUCAAAUUUAACGACCAGCUGGUGUGAAAUGCCUGACAAUUUUUUUUACAUUUUGAAUUAUCUUAUGUUUCAUGUUGCUGGUAAAGUCCAAGCUUCACAAAUAAUAAUAACGUGGAGAUGAGGGAGAAUAUUUGAUCUUGUAUGCAAUAGUCAUUAAUAGACAUCAACGUAUAUAGUUUGUUAAUUUUCUAACAAUAUUGGUAGGUUUCCAUUUGUGUAUGUUUUCCAUUUGUGUAUGUUAAAAAACCCAGACUCUGGUUGUGGUGAAAAAAGAAAGAAGCUCCUCUAUUUUGAGAAGGUAUUAUGAACCUAGAGCCAGUAUACCCAGAUAUUUGGUCAGAAAGCAUUGGAAUUAAAUCAGUCAAUUUUGUACAAAAGAUUGGUGACACGUGUCUUUAUCGGAAAAGAACAACUGGUUUGUGAAUUUGCUUAUAUUUUAUUUAAUAAAUUAGCCAACAUUUUUUAAAUGUUAUUACAAAUAGGAUGAGAAAUCAAGCAUUAACAUUAUAAUCUUCUUUGUGUUCAAUAGAACACCACUUAACAAUAUUUAUCUCUAUAAAAUGUUAUUUUGUUUCUGUAUUUUAGAUAUGAUAUCCAUCCUCUAUUGUGUGCAAUAUAUAGGACAUUAUUUUGCUAAUCAUCUGAUGUAGAAAGUUCAGUAGUCCUAAAGCUACAUGUUAUUAUUUACAAAAGAAGUCAACAAGUGCAAAAACAUGUACAGCCCUUCAAAACAUUAUCAGAUGGUGGAGGUUAGUCAGAUGUCCUGUCUUGUAUCAACUUUAUCUUACGUAUUUAUUUUUAAAGUGAUGUGAUCCAAGUGGAUAUCAUAUAUACAAAUGUAGCACAUCAGUUUUACUUUAAGUUCAAAAUUCCCUCACUUCAAUAUGAUAAAGGCUAGAACUGUCUAUACAAUGUAGGUAAAUAAAGAAGUAGUGUAUUGUUUUACUACCCAUUAGUAUAGUGUAACCUGCCAGCCUAAGCCACACCCAGAUGUAGUCCCUUGUGCGAUGUUAUUUUAUAUGACUGAGGUCGCAUUGUAAGCAUUUCUAUGUAACUUAUGUAAAGGUUUAGAUUUCUCUGUCUGGUUUAGAAACGUUUCACUGUACAUGGUGAGGUUAUUCUGAUCUUCAAUUGUCAUACUGCUUGUUGUUCCCUAGUUAUAAUGAGUAGUAUAUUUAGGACAAAAUGUUUUGGAGAAGCAUACAGGUAUAGGGUUUGUGUAGUUUUUAGUGCUGUUACACAUGAAUAAUAGUAAAUAGUACAUUCAAACCCAAAGGAGAUCCAUUAAAAGUUGAGAAUAAUCAAAUAUUUUGAAGUGCCAUACUUAUGUAUAUAAAAAACUUCUUACCGGUUAACUACUUCUAUUGCAAAACAGUUGUUUUUUGUCAUUAAAAGCGAAUCUUGCAAUGGUUACAGGAAGCUUAGGGAUGGUAUGAAAUUGUAUGAAAAGCUAAAAAAAACUUGUGUAAGUUACGUUUAUGCAGAGGUGAUUUCUGAAACAAAUCAGUAAAUAAAAUGAUAUUAUUGUAUCGAGGUUUCCAGAUAAAAAAGACCUCAUCGGAAAUGGACACAGUAUACAUAUGUUCAUGUUAUUGACCUAUAGAUCUAUGAUGUACAUUUAGACAACUAGAACAUGUAUGUGUUUACAACUCGGUUUAUGAAAGAUCAUUGCUGCGAUACGAUUUUUGAGGUGCGAUUUUCAAGUUAGUAACAAUGUUUUCAAAAAGUACCUGUGCAAAUUACACAGGUGCGCAGAUUACAUGGGUUUUUACGGUAGUAAAUAGUAAGUGUGAAUAGUUUAAAAUUUUAUUCAAUGAUGCAUAAUAUAUAACUUGCAUGUGGAUAGUAUACAUUUAUUAAUACUGAUAUUAAUUGUGAAUUUCAAAAAAAAAAAAUGAACAAGUGCAAGUGCAUCUAAAUAAUCAUGACAUUUAGAAAAAAAAAGAAAAAAAAAAACUUUGAAGACAAAAGGAAUUAUGUGGUAGCCAUAUUUGAUUGCUAUUUUUGAGUUAAUUAUUUUCUGAAAUUAUAUAAAAGUAUGUUUAAUCCAGAGGACACAAUCAUAUUACAAUAAUUUACGAUUUCUGAAUCAGGUGUUCAAAGUAAUCCUAAAAAAGGCAAUUUAUAAAUAAAAAUGAUAUAUAAUUGUCGUGGUUUUUUUUCCAAAAAAUAUAUCUAUAAAAGAGUCUUUAUACAAUUCAUUUAAAAAUUCAAAAUCCUUUAAAAUCAUCCUGGAUCAAAACAAUCAUCCUUAAUAAUCUGAAGAAGGCGCACGUCGGACAAACUCACUUGAAAAAUAUUUACAACAGAAAGCAAAAGCAUGUUGUCUAUUUGAUGUCUGAGGAAGACAUUUUCGAAGGAAAGUACAUAUGUGAUUUGUCUUCAUUGCAGAAUGUCACCAGAAAGUACAUAUGUGAUUUGUCUUCAUUGUAGAAUGUCACCAGAAAGUACAUAUGUGAUAUGUCUUCAUUGCAGAAUGUCACCAGAAAUGUACAUAUGUGAUAUGUCUUCAUUGCAGAAUGUCACCAGGAAGUACAUAUGUGAUACAUUGCAGAAUGUCACCAGAAAGUACAUAUGUGAUUUGUCUUCAUUGCAGAAUGUCACCAGAAAGCAUUAAACUUUCAGCACUGAAAACAAAAUAUUUCAUUUAGGAUUCACUGAGGAAUCUUGUCCUUCAAUUGAAAUUCCUGAAUGUCCAUUUUAAUACAUUGGAAAAGAAGGACUUAUACGUUUCACUUCCAAGGUUAGAUUGAAGGUCUGCAUAAUCUAUAUUACAGUUCACUUUCUUGGAUAAAAGAAUGAGGAAUACAUUACUACCUUUUAAAUGUUUGUUAGAACAAUUCUACACAAUUUGGUCAAUUAGAAUAAAUGUAAUAUAUUGUGAAUAAAACGUUUGUGCAAAUUAUUGGCAAAUUAUUGUGUGAAUAUAUGUAUGUUGUGAGAUGUUUGUGUUUUACAUGUUGUUUGUGUACAGUGAAAACAGGUAUUUUUCAAAAUCUACCUUUUUACACGGUUUUAUACGACACUGUCUGUUUUGCUUUGGUUAAAGGUAACUUAAUAUCCAUACCAACCAGGGCAUUUUUGGACAGUACUUUACCGCUGCUAACCAAUAAAAAUAUGUAGGAACAAAUGCUUUUAUCUCUUAUUUGUGGUAUCUUUCAUUAGUAUGUUCAGUUUUUAAAUUGAAACUUGUCUUUAUGUUUUCCGAGGACAAUGAUCAUUUACAGAAGUGAUAGUGUGUGUUAUGAAGUUCUAGUUAUGGAUCGUCUGAAAACUACUUUCAACAUAGAACGUUCAUCAGGAGAAAAGACACGAUACAUGCAAUAUUAAAGCAAAGUUAUUAACAUUAUUAAGAACAUUUAGAUUAAUGAUGAAAAUUGUCGUUGACCGAUGGAUUCACAUAAUACAAUAUAAUUGAUGAGUGAUGCGUGUUAUACACUAUUUAUCAGUAAACAUUGUACAUUGUAUAGAAAGGUGGGAACAGGUUCUGAUACUUUAGGCUGUAUCAUGACUCGAUGGACAUUAUUGAGUCCAAUAUCCCAGGCUAUGACUGUUCUGCUUUAUUUGAAUUCCAUUGUGAAAGCAGCUUUACUAUAAUCAGUGCUGUCUGUCAGUUGGUUAUGAAUUAUAUAGAGCCGACACAGAUAAUAAGAUGUAUUUGUAUUGUCCUGGGACAACAUGCUGAGCUCAGUUAAAUGAGAUUACUGAUUGGUUCGAUUUUUAAAAAGAAUACAAGUGGAAUACAUCUGUGAGGUCAACGAAAAGUUUUAACAUCAGUCAUCUGGUUCGUUGCUUAAGUUAAUGGUACGUUGUUUAAUGAAAUCCAAGUAACAAAAUGUUUGUGGAGUUAAUUUGUUUUAUCAUUCUUCAUAAGCCCUUCAUAUAUAGUCGUUUUGUUUUAAUAUCCCACGGCAUGCAUUGCAAAUUUUUUGUAUAGUUAUAAUCAUAUAUAUAGUGAAAAAUGUAUUAAGACAUUAAAUCAAGUUGUCAUAAAGAUAAUUAAGUUUUCAUUCAACUGUUUUUCAGCCUUGUUUGAAACCAGUGACAUUGUACUAACAAUUUUGUGCUUUAUCAGUGUUUUCUUGUGAUGAAUACCUUCGACUCGUUUUAGAAUAACUGAGAUAUCUUGUUACUAAAUAUACAUGUUUGGACACUUCGUUUUCAACAAAAUUGUGUUUUUUAA